AUGCUUGAUAUAAAGCGGCGCAAGUGCCCUGGGAGAGAACACAUGUCGUCGAUUCACGUCACCAUGAAGUGUGCCGCGCUGUUGGGCGUCUUCGCUGCUUGCCUGGUCGCCGGCGGUCUGGUUCAGUGCGGGAUCAUCAACCCCCGCCUGACAAUCAGCUUCAACUCUGUGAUGGACACCGUGAUCACAUCCAUCCAGAAGAACGCCUCUGCUUACGGGCUGAAUCCCUACAACAUCAAAGACGUCAACGACACGUUCAAAUUCGGCAUCAUCCACGGUGGCCUGUACCUCAAGAAGGGCCAGAUAUACGGCAUCGACACCAUCUUCAGGAACGGCAACACCUCGGCAGACGUGCAGAACGGGCACGCCACCGUCGAGGUCUUGCUCGGGUUCAAGGAGCUCUCGUACUCGAUGGAGUUCGCGGCGAAGGUUGGGGACCUGGGGCCCACGGGCAAGGUCCACGGCGACAUCACCAUGCUCGACGUGGAGGUGGUGCUGCUGGCCGACAUGAGGAACUCCUCCGACGUCAGGGCCACCCUCUCGACCUUCCAGCUCACCGACGACGGGGAGCUGACCGUGCACUUCGACAACGACAACCCCGUGGCCGAGGCUCUGCUGGACGUCCUCACCGGCGCCGUCACCAAGGUCUUCAAGGGCGUCAUCCUCGACGUGAUGAGCCACGAGAUCGGCAAGAUAGCCAACAACACCAUCAGCCAGAUGCACAUCGACCUGAACUCCCUCAUGGGCUCCUAGUUCUUCUGCGGCUCCUGGCGUCCCGAAAUACACUGUAUCUCUCCUGACCAGUAACCCCUGCUUCAAAUAAACACCUUUCUUUUGAA